AUGAACCUAACUCUUUUUAUAUCUAUCUAUCUAUCUAUCUAUCUAUCUAUCUAUCUGGUAUCUUUAAAGAUAUAUUCAAUAGAUGAACCUAACUCUUUUUAUAUCUAUCUAUCUAUCUAUCUAUCUAUUUAUUCUUUUUCAGAUAUAUUUAUUAUUUAUCACUUGGCAUAUUAUCUAUCUUUAUCUAUUCUUUUCAGAUAUUUUUAUCUAUCUAUCUAUCUAUCUUUUCAUAUCUAUCUAUCUAUCUAUCUAUCUAUUUCAGAUAUAUUUGUCUAUGAAUCUAACUCUUUUCAUAUCUAUCUAUCUAUCUAUCUAUCUAUCUAUCUAUCUAUCUAUCUGUUUUAUAUAUUUAUAUAUUUGUCUAUUUUGAAUCUUUUUAACUUAUUCUUUUCUUUAUCUAUCUAUCAUUUUUUUAUCUAUCUAUCUAUCUAUCCAUCUAUCUAUGUUAUUUUAUUUAUGAAUCUAAUUCUUUUUCUUAUCUAUCUAUCUAUCUAUCUGGAAUCUAUCUAUCUAUCUUUAUCUGUUUUUUCUUUUAUUUAUCUUUUUACCUUAUUAUCUUUUUUGGUUAUUCUUUUCUUUAUCUGUUCCAUUCUCUUUUUUUUAACUAUCUAUCUAUCUAUCUAUCUAUCUAUCUGUGUUAUCUAUUUAUCCAUCUGUUUUAUACUUUUCUGUAUCUAUUUAUCUAUUUUCUAUCUUUUUAACUUAUUCUUUUCUUUAUCUAUCUGCUGCAUUUUUUAUCUAUCUAUCUAUCUAUCUAUCUAUCUGUCCUCAUUUUUUAUCUAUCUAUCUAUCUAUCUAUCUAUCUAUCUAUCUGUGUUUUAUUUUUUCUUCAUCUAUAUAAUUUUCUAUGAACCUAACUCUUUUUCAUAUCUAUCUAUCUAUCUAUCUAUGUCUGUUAAGAUAUAUUUACCUAUGAAUCUCUUUUUCAUAUCUAUCUAUCUAUCUAUCUAUCUAUCUAUCUAUGUCUGUUCAGAUAUAUUUGCCUAUGAAUCUCUUUUUCAUAUCUAUCUAUCUAUCUAUCUAUCUAUGUCUGUUCAGAUAUAUUUGCCUAUGAAUCUCUUUUUCAUAUCUAUCUAUCUAUUUAUUUCUUUUCAGAUAUAUUUAUCUUUGAAUCCAACUCUUCUUCAUAUCUAUCUAUCUAUCUAUCUAUCUAUGUCUGUUCAGAUAUAUUUGCCUAUGAAUCUCUUUUUCAUAUCUAUCUAUCUAUCUAUCUAUCUAUCUAUCUAUUUCUUUUCAGAUAUAUUUAUCUUUGAAUCCAACUCUUCUUCAUAUCUCUCUAUCUCUCUAUCUCUCUAUCUCUCUAUCUAUCUAUCUAUCUAUCUAUCUAUGUCUGUUCAGAUAUAUUUGCCUAUGAAUCUCUUUUUCAUAUCUAUCUAUCUAUCUAUCUAUCUAUUUAUUUCUUUUCAGAUAUAUUUAUCUUUGAAUCCAACUCUUCUUCAUAUCGAUCUAUCUAUCUAUCUAUCUAUGUCUGUUCAGAUAUAUUUGCCUAUGAAUCUCUUUUUCAUAUCUAUCUAUCUAUCUAUCUAUUUAUUUAUUUCUUUUCAGAUAUAUUUAUCUUUGAAUCCAACUCUUCUUCAUAUCUAUCUAUCUAUCUAUCUAUCUAUCUAUCUAUCUAUCUAUCUAUCUAUCCGUAAGUUCCCUUGCCUCAUUCGUUUAUGUGGUUAUUUUUAUUUUUAA